CUUCCAAACAAACUGUUGAACUAUAACCUGGUGUUGUGUAGUUUUAACUUUGUCCACCCUAGUUCUACAUCGUCUCCUCCACAUUGUUACUUGCUGCUAUCAAGCCUUGCACAAAUCCAGAAAUACACAUGCGCUAACCCUGACUGAGCAUGCUCAGAAAUAUGGCAGUAACCAGUGCAUGCCUACUUCCGAUGCACUGCGCUUGCGCAAAUGUUUUGCUCGUAAAACCAAAACAAUCACAACUUGAAAAUCCGAAUGUCAACUACGUUUCAAACAUCCAGUAAAUAAUCAAGUGAAAAAUCAUAGUGAACGUUUGCACAGUGUUGUAACUUGAUGUUGCCGUUCCCCGGGCUGUCGUCUUGCGACACUUGUUGAUUUUUUGGGAGGUGCGCGGUUAGUGACACCCCUUGUUUUCUGUUUGAUGCCGUUGGUAUCGGCGGUGCCUCUUGCCUCACUCGGCACACUCGUUAGCUCUGGAGGAGUGAUAGGAGGUGGAAGUUGGAGAGCUGUCGCUCGCUGUUUGGGACGAGGAUCUAGCGGGAGCUUUCUGGCUGCAGACCGGCCCGGGGACACUGGAAAGGAGCCCCGCCUCGAGACUGGGCCGUUGUCUUGCUGCUUCUCCGCCCCCGGGGUGCUGCCUCGUCGCCUCCGCUGUUGUCCGGCCGCGGGGAAUUUGGAACUUCGCUAGGCCCGAGAUGAUGCUCUUCACUCGGAAGAAGAAGCAGAGCGAAGAGGCGCGGAAACGACUGGAAUAUCAGAUAUGCCUGGCCCGAGAGGCAGGUGCAGAUGAUAUUCUGGACAUCUCAAAAUGCGAGCUGUAUGGGAUUCCAGUCAGUGUGUUCUCCAUGUGCAGAGUCUUACAGAAGAAGGUUUUAAUUGUUCACACCAAUCACUUGUCAACAUUGCUGCCAAAGUCAUGUAACAUCCAGGAUUUGUCAAUGCUGAAGAUUCUGGAUCUCCAUGACAAUGACCUCAGCUCGCUCCCCGAGGAUAUGGGUCAGCUGUUAUCCCUUCAGGUGCUCAAUGUGGAACAAAAUCUUUUGAAAUCUCUCCCAAACUCUCUUGCAACCUUGGCGCAACUUCAAACAUUAAACCUAAAAGGGAACCGGAUCCGGAAAGUGCCAGAAUCUCUGAGUGGACUGAGGAGUCUACGAACAUUGGACAUCAGUCAAAAUCGGAUUCAGAUUCUCCCACAAGACCUGGCUCAUAUCAGGACACUCGAGUCCCUUAGCCUCGAUGCAGAAGCUAUGACCUAUCCUCCAGCCAGUGUGUGCAGCAAUGGGACAGAAGCCAUCAAACAGUUUCUGUGCAAAGAGCUUGGAAUCGAGUAUAUGCCUCCCUCUCAGUACCUGCUCCCGGUGCUGGAGAGUGAUAGGAAUAUAACCGAGAGCGACGGAGCUGAUGGCGUGUUCCGACAACAGAUGCAGGAGGCCGAGCAGUGGCAGAGCAAAUUCAUGGACUAUGAAAAGAGGAAGGAACAAAAGCAGCAGGAAAAGCUGGACUUUGAACGGCGACUGAAUGAGGAACAGCGGGAGCGGACACAGCUCAUCCUGCUCAAUAAUAGUCACAAAGAGCAAGUCCUGAUGUCGGUGAAGCAGGAGCAGGGGAAGCUGGAUCAGGAUCUCAGAGACCAGCAGCGUCACCUGGAGGUGGAGCGCCAGCGACUGCAGGAGGAGUUGAAACGGGGAGAACAUGGAGCAACGAACCUCAUACGCAGUUUGCUGGAGGACAGUGAGAGAAGGAAGCAGAACUCAAUGUUGCUGGAAUCGCUGGAAAAAGAGAGGCUGAGGAUGGACCAGCUGAUGGCCAUUUCACAGGAGGAGAACGAGAGGCUGCGAAAAAGGGAAGUGGCAGCUGCGAUGCGGGAAAUGCUGUCUGAGAGCUCGAUGAACAAGAUCCUGCAGAUGGUUUAUGAGACGAGACGGCGUCAGCUGGUGAAUGAGGCCAGUUCAAGUAUGACUGAAAUGGAUGGUAAACUCCAGCAGAUUCAAGCCUGGCAGCAGCUGGACCAAAACAAGACCAUUUCACAGAUCCUGUCGGAGGCAGAGAUGCAAAAGGUGGCAUUUGAGGUACUCCAGAUGAAGAAGGACAGCAAGCACAGCCGCAUUCGAGACCAGAUCAAAUUGAUUGAGAAUGAGUUAAUGCAGCUGACACAGAUCGAGUUAGACAGAAGAGAGAAUGACACGGAGAAUCUACAGGAAACUCUGAUGGGAGAGAGGCAGGCCCUGAGUGACCUCCUCCAGCAGCUACUGAAGGAGAAGAAACAGCGGGAGACCGAGCUUCGGGACCUGCUGGCAGAAAUGGAGACCAAACACGAGACCAGCCAGGAGAAUUACUGGUUGAUUCAGUACCAGCGUCUGAUGGACCAGAAACCCCUGUCUCUCCGAGCACGGGAGGAGGGUGUGGAGAAGGCACUGGUGGAUAUAUUGGCUGAGCUAUCAGCAGAUCAGUACCUGCCACUUUUCGCCCACCAUAGAGUCACCCUGAAGAUGCUGCGUUACAUGACAGCAGAGGAUCUCCAACAGAUUGGAGUCCGAGAAAGCAGACUGCAACGUGCCAUUCUGCGACGAGUCCAGGAGAGUGGGCCUGAGGAAGAUCAGGAGCUCGUCCCAACAAAGGAAACUGCUGCAGAUGUGGGUGAGAGCCAGCCCAGUGCUCCCUCGGAGGAUAAAGCAACACCUUCCAGUCCUGCUGCAGUCUCUGAGGAGGUCCUGGCUCAGUUGGAAUGUGUUGUCUGUCUGGAGCAAGAGAGUCAGAUGAUUUUCCUGCCAUGUGGUCAUGUUUGUUGCUGUCAGACAUGUGGAACUGAGUUGUCCACCUGUCCCCUCUGCCGGAAGGAUAUUGAGCAAAAGAUUCGCAUCUAUCGUACCUCCUGAGCUGGGCCUGUCCCUCUCCAACGUACGUGUUCUUUCCAAGGUCAGCCUGCAACCUCGUCUGUUUCAUCUCACAGCCUGCUGGUGCCUUGUGUCCUCUUUCUCUAGCUAUGCUGCCCUACACAAAUAAACCAGGCUGCAUUUACUUCUGGUAAGACCAUGUGGAGCAGCCUCCAGGCUGAGGUGGACAAUUCCUUUUCUUCUGGUUGAGCCUGGAUGCUAAUUGGUGUGUAUUAUUCUACUGAGAUGUAACCUGACGUAGUAACUGGAUUUAACCCAACUCCUUGAGUAGGCGAGGAGCAGAAAACUGUAAUCGAACAGUUAAGACUUUUGUUUUCUUGCUGCUGUUUGUCUCCUUUGUUCAUGGAAAUGCAUUGGAAUUCCACUGAGAAUUGGUGCAGCAAAUCUGCAGAGAACUCAGGUGGGUGUGCAGUCAGCUUGAGCGGUGUCAUUUGUGCCCAUCAUCUCACUCACCCAACCCGUCCACAUACAGUUGCUCAGCGAUCUGCAGAUCAGACGUAAAGCAGGACCUUUCGAACUAUAGAAUGGUUACAUCACCGAAAGAGGGUAUAUAAUCCAUUGUGUCCAAGCGUCCAAUAAGAGCAGUUUGCCCACCUCCAUCCUUCUCUCUUGCCCUAUUCUCAUAGUCCUGCCAAUCCUUUCCCCUCCGAUCACUGUAUAAUUCUGUUAUGAAUGCAACAACUCAAUCUGCCUCCACUGCAGUUCUCAAGCUGUGCACUCCCAAUCCUAACUACUCACUACAAUAUAAAAUUAUUCUUCGUGUUGUUUUUAGUUCUUUUGCCAAUCUGUCUCCUCUGGUUUCUAGAUAUUCCAUAAAUGAGGACACUUUCUGCUCUAUCCAGAAUCCCUCAUGAUUUUAACACUUCAGUCAAAUCUCUCUCAACACAUCUAGAUUCACCAAAUUUAGCCAUAUUACUGACCUCUCAUCUUUUGUUCCAUUUUUAAAUCGUGUGCAGCACGAUUCUGCAGCACCUUCACACCUUCCCUGAAUUGUGGUUCCCAGAAUUGGAUACUUCAGUUGAGGCUGAACCAUUGUGUUAUAAAGGCUUACCAUAACUACUUACUUCUGUACUGUGUGCUUCAAUUUUUAAAGCCCAAGAUCCUGUAUGCCUUAUUGAUGAUUUCUCAAUCUGCUGUAUCAUCUUCAACUAUUUGUAUACUUCAGCCCUUUGCUCCUGCAGCUCUGUAGUAUCCUUUCUUUUCGAUCAUGCGUAUCCUCAUUCUUCCUUUCACAUGUACCACUUUGUAUUUCUCUGCCUUAAAUUUGAUCUGCGCCAUAUCUAGCCAGUCAUCAACUUGUGGAUACGAAGUUUGUCACUUACCACCUUACAAUUUACAAUAUUUCCAAGUUUUGUUUUAUCUGCAAUUUUUGAAAAUGUGCCUUAUACAAGCCCAGGUCAUUAAUAUACCUCAAAAAUGGUCCUGAUAGUGACACUUGAGGAACCCAACUAUAUACCCUUCUGUAUUCCUGAAAAACACUGAUUCCAGGUUCUCGGCUAAUUCUGUAACCAUGUCACUGUGUUUUAUUACAUAGGCUUCAAUUUUUCUGAUGAGUAUUUUAUCAAAUGCCUUCUUUGAAGUCCAUUUA